CCAUUUUAUGCAACAUAGCUGCCAUAGCCAUCAUUCUGGUUCUGCUGUUGGCUCUUUUUCUGCUCUGGGAGUCACCUCCCAUUUUAUCGGUGCUUUCUGCAAAGUCUCUUCCAUCCCUUCAGUUGAGAAAUGAAGUUCUGCCCCUCCACCAUGUGGACAACUUUCAGCUUCUAGAGGCCAACAGCGGAGCUUUGCAACUCAUCCCAGAAACCCUGAAUCAUCAAAGGCUACAGCAGAAGUUACUGGAGACUGAGAUCAGCACCAGAAGGAAGGAGUGUGAAACACUUCAGGCAGAGGUGAAGAAAAAGAAUCAAACAUGUCAGACUUUGGAGAAUGAGCUUCAGGAUUUUCUUCAGGAAAACAAGCACUUGAAUCUCCAGUGGUUCAACAACAGCCACAAAGCCUCUGAGUAUGAAAAGGUGAAAUCAGAGUAUGCCAAACUCAAAGAGACCCUUGGUGCUGUGACGCAGGAGAGAGAUUUAGCCCUGUGGGAGAGAAACCAGCUCCAAGGCAAACUGGAGAACCUAGAGCAGGUGCUCAAGCAUAUGCGCGAGGCUGCAGAGCGAAGGCAGCAGCUAGAGUUGGAGCAUGAACAGGCCCUGGCUGUACUCAAUGCAAAGCAGCAGGAGAUUGACCUUCUUCAGAAGGCUCAGGUUGAGGCUAAAAAGGAACAUGAAGGCGCUGUCCAUCUGUUAGAGAACCACUUGGACAGCAUGCAGGCCAAAGUCCGAGAGCUGGAGGAAAAAUGCCGGACUCAGAGUGAGCAGUUCAACCUCCUGUCAAAAGAGCUGGAGAAGUUCCGGCUCCAGGCUGGGAAGUUUGAUAUUCUUAGCACUGAACCUUUAACUGUUUGUGAAUCUCCCGGCUCUCCCAACAAAUCCUUGUCACAGCUGCUUAAUGGAUUGGCUGCCCCCAUAGGGAAAGGUAAUGAGGCUCCAACAAGCAGAUCUUUGAUAUCUGAGUUCAUUCGACCACUUCAGAUCAGUGGAGACAAGCCUGAACUCCUCUCUGUUAAGCCAACGUUCUUCAGUCGCAGUCGAGCCAGCAGCCCAGCAAGGGCUUUCCUAUCUGAGAUGGAAAAAGAGCUGAGCUCAACUACCAGGUCCAAACCACGGUUCACAGGAAAGGUUCGUCUGUGUGUUGCUCGGUAUAGUUACAAUCCUUAUGAUGGGCCAAAUGAGCAUCCAGAGGCAGAGCUCCCCUUGGUGGCAGGGAAGUAUCUCUACGUAUACGGGACGAUGGAUGAGGAUGGCUUUUAUGAAGGAGAGUUGCUGGAUGGACAGAGGGGACUUGUCCCAUCCAAUUUUGUGGAUUUUGUCCAAGAAAAGGAGACACCCUCCACCCAACACAGGGACACAGUGGCAAAAGAACCUGGCUAUUUCAACCACAGUAGCCUGGGGUCUCAGCGACUUUUGGUUGGUGCAGGAACGGGCAUAGGCAGCCUGCUGUCUGACAGUAAACUAGACUGUCUAAGCACCAACAGCUUAGGCAUCGAUCUCCUGUGUUCUUCAAGUAAUGGAACUGGAACGUUGGAUGUCAGCAUUGACGAGGUUGGUGAAGACAUUGUGCCUUAUCCUCGCCGCAUCAACCUGAUCAAACAACUGGCCAAGAGUGUGAUCAUUGGCUGGGAUCCGCCUGUAGUCCCUCCAGGCUGGGGCUCUGUCAGUGGCUACAAUGUAUUGGUAGAUAAAGAGGUUCGCAUGAGUGUCCCCUACGGGGGCAGGACAAAGUCUCUUAUUGAAAAGCUCAAUCUGGCCACAAACACCUACCGCAUCUCAGUGCAGAGCAUCACGGACCGGGGCCUGUCGGACGAACUUCGGUGCACUCUUCUUGUGGGAAAGGAUGUGGUGGUGGCACCUUACUAUCUGAGGGUGGACAGCAUCACACAGAGCUCUGCAGAGCUCUCAUGGAUGCCCAGCAACAGCAACUAUAGUCACACUAUCUUCCUCAAUGGUGCCGAGUAUGACAUGGUCAAGGCUGGGGGCUAUAUGUACAAGUUCUUCAACCUGAAGUCAAUGACAGUUUACAAGGUGAAGGUUGUUGCACAGCCACAUCAGGUGCCUUGGCAGCUUCCAAUGGAUCAAAGGGACAAAAGGGAAAUCUCUGUCGAAUUCUGCACUCAGCCUGCAGUGUUUGUGUUGUCCUCCUCAGGGCCCCCUCUACCUCCCCAGGAGGUACAGGUCCAGUGUGGGCAGACUCCUGGGGUCCUGCAGGUCAAAUGGAAGCCGCCGCCCCUGACACCUUCAGGAACCUCCAAUGGGGCCAGUGUAAUUGGCUAUGCCGUGUGCACGAAGGGACAAAAGAUAGCAGAGGUCUUGUACCCAACAGCAGACUAUGUGACCGUGGAGUUAAACAGGAUUCAGGGUCUGGAGGCCAGGGAAGUCAUUGUGAGGACAUUAUCAACCCAGGGAGAGUCCCAGGACUCACCUGCGGCCAUUAUCCCGCACAAUCUCUUGGGCUCUCCUCGCCUCUCCCACAGAGCCACUGCACCUCCCCAUUCCAUGCCCCAUCCAGCGCCACAACCUCAUCCAGUACACUCUCAAACCCAUCCUCCUUAUCCAUCAACAUAUCCCCCAAAUCAUCCUCAACCCCAGGUGCAGCCUCUGCCUCGAGCCCAGCCUCACACGCUACCCCAUGCACAACCACACUCGCAGCCCAUCCACCACACUCAUCCUCAGCCUCAUUUUCAGCGCCACUCCAUCCCCAAGUCAAAACCAUUAAUAAGUGCCAGAGAGCCAGAAACCAAAGAGCACGAGGUGGGGCUACGACCAGCCCAACCCUGGGAGCGGUCUCCCUCUCCGCUGCCUCCCACGCACGGACCCAACCUAGAGCCACCACACUUCCCGCCACGGCGGUCACCCUCUCCUCAGAGGAUUCUGCCGCAGCCUCAGGGAGUCCCCAUCCCCAACACCAUCGCCAAGGCCAUGGCCAGGGAAGCUGCCCAGAGAGCAUUUGCCGAGGGUAACCGGGUUGAGAAAAGGAAUAUAUUCAGUGAACGAGGCAAUGCCUUGCAUCCACUCAACUCUGAUGAGGAGGAGGAUGGCUACGACUCUCCGCAUGCCAGAAGGAGAGGAGCCUCAGUGGAUGAAUUCCUCAGAGGUUCAGAAUUAGGCAGACAGCACCAUCAUCACCACUACAGCCACAGUGAGGAGUACCACACAGAGAGCAGCCGAGGCUCUGACCUGUCUGACAUAAUGGAGGAAGAUGAGGAAGAUCUUUAUUCUGAAAUGCAGUUAGAGGAGGGCCGCAGACGGAGUAUCAACUCACAUAGCACCCUUAAGAUCAUUGGAAACUCACCAUCUCAUGGAAGCCCCGAUCGUCUGGACCAUUCAGGGAGGAGGCCGGUUCACAUCAGCACGCCUCCUCAGCGACGACCCAUCCCAUCCAUUGAGAUCACCAUGGACAGUAACAGUGAGGGGAGUGAGGGGAACCUCUCACCUGUCAAGGAGGAUGUUUACUAUGGCAGUGUAGCUCGGCGCAGGAUAUGGCGAUCUUUGUCCUCAGAGGAUCAAUAUGACGGUUAUGGCGGACGGAGACACGGUCGGGGACGACGAUCCCCCGAUUAUUUUGAGGAAUCAGAGCCAGAGGACCUGACCCGAGUGUUUGUUGCUCUAUUUGACUAUGACCCCUUGUCCAUGUCUCCCAACCCGGAUGCUGCUGAUGAGGAGCUGGCAUUCAAGGAGGGGCAGAUUAUUAAGGUGUUUGGGAAUAAAGACACAGAUGGGUUCUAUAGAGCAGAGAUCCGAGACAGAGUGGGGCUGAUUCCUUGUAACAUGGUCUCUGAAAUCCAAACAGAGGAUGAUGAAAUGAUGGACCAGCUCCUCAAGCAGGGUUUCCUUCCACUGAACACUCCUGUGGAGAAGUUAGUGAACUGUGACCGUUUCAGAGAUGGCCGCUCAAUAAAUCGCAGGUCCAGAAAGUCAAAGAGAGAAAGAAACAGGCGGAGUGGACGUCAGCAUCCAAUGUCAACACGGAGAAUGGUAGCGUUGUAUGACUAUGACCCCCGAGAGAGCUCCCCAAAUGUUGAUGUUGAGUAUGAUGGCAACAGGCUAAAUGAGGAGGCUGAACUGACUUUCUGUGCUGGUGAUGUCAUCACAGUCUUUGGUGAAAUUGAUGAAGAUGGUUUUUACUAUGGCGAGCUCAAUGGACACAAGGGGCUUGUUCCUUCCAACUUUCUAGAAGAAGUGCCUGAUGAUGUAGAGGUUUUUCUCACUGAUUCACCAUCUCGGUACCCACAGGACACUCCAGCACGGAUAAAGACCAAAAGGGUUCCGUUGGAAAAAUCUGGUCCACACCGAAGAGCAUCCUCUCCCACAGUGCGUCCACACAACCCUGGCUUUGGCCCUGCCUGCAAGGGGCCCGACAGUCCCAACAGAGCCCCAAUGGACAUGUACUCCUCCAAAAAGAAAAAGGGACUGCUCUCUAAAGGGAAGAAACUAUUGCAAAGACUUGGCGCUGUAAAAUAAUUUGCCACUUCCUUGUGUCGAGGAAAAAAAUAUAUAUAUGAAACGCGGUGCACAGGUGGCAUUAGAGAGCUUGACAAAUGCUUUAUUCUUUUACAUCCAUUGUAUAAUAGAAUAUUUGUAUUUUGUUAUCAGUUUAUGAACUACAUAUUUUCACAAACAUUAUGGUCCCAUGACCUCAUGGUGUCAAGACGUAGUAUUGAGACGCUUACCUCUGGCUGAUGAAGUUUAGCAGUAGACCAACAGGUCCAUGAACAAGCUCCAUUUUGCACACGGUCAAGUCUUGCAUUCAAUAAACUACACAAGUCUGCCUAGAGUUUCUGUAUACAGAAACCAGAAUGUCACUCAAAUACCGAGGGCUUAGUUAAAGCUUAAAGUCUAUAUUGAAUCUGAUGCAAGACUUGGAGUGUCUUAAACUUGUUCAAAACAACUAGUCAUACCCAUCCGAGUAAGGUUUGCAUGCUUUACUUCUGCACAUUCCCUCAUGACCUCUCGAGAGCGCAUGCAAAUGUGGAACUUGGGGCAUGCAGCACACUGACAAAUCAGCAGAAUUAGUCUCUUCUGCCCUAUUUCAACAGCUGUGACAGAGCAACGUGUUUCACAAACAUGUUGGGCACUUACAUAACAAGCACAUUCUGUAUCUACUACAGGGUCUCUGCAGUAAAAUCAGCCUGGAUGGAAAUGCCUGGUAGAUCAAACCUCCAUGUAUUUGCCUUAUAAUUGCACAGUGGUUAGUACUUUGUCUAGUUGAGUGUGCAGUUUCAUGCCUACCAUUUGUUUGUUACUUCACCGCUUGCUGAUGUUAUUCCUGACUUAUAAUAUGCAGGGGGACUUUUGUCUAGCCAGAGCUUACAUCCUGUCAGACUCCUGUGUUGUUGUCCAUGUUAUCUAUUGUGAAGCUCAAAUUUGAACACAUUUUUAACCUCAACUACAGAAACCAUAAGUCAAAAUGCUAUUUUCAUACUAAAUUUGAGGCAAGUGAAUAUGAAGGGACUUGAUAUUUCACACCACACCCAAGGAAAUCUGAUUUUAAACUACUCUACAAAUACAAGACAUACCAUCAGCAAAGUCCUGUUAUUGUGCUGCAUUUGAUUCAUAGCAUGUGUCAUCUGGUGUCACUGAGGUGGUAGGUUUAAUGACCUCAUAAUAGUAAACAUUAACACAAGACUACCUCUAUGCUGCCCCUUCUAACAAAAAUUAUAAUAGAUGUUAAUUCAGGCCAAUUUGUCAUUAAUACCCAUUUAAUGUCCCAAAUUAUGUUGGAGCAGAAUACAAGUACUGUAUAUCCAUAUAUAUUUAUACAUCUACACCUUAUUGUAGAGUAGUGAAUGUACAACGAAUUGAAAGCCAAUGUAUUAUCAAAGCUGCCCAGGAUUGUGCAGACAUCAGACUGUGUGAAAUGAAACGGUCCACCUCCUCAUCUCGUCAAACCCUUCUGUUUUCCCAUUUCAUCCUCCGAUGCAUUUUAAACUCUAGCCUGUUUUUCUACACAAGUUGAACUGAAACUGCCAAAAAGGAAUGUAUGCAAAACAUUCUUUCUGUACAAUUCUCGGCCAAGCAGCCAUGGUAACCUACAGUAAACUGAUGAGCAUCUUUUCCUAUUUACCAUGACCACAGACAUUGCUUCUGUUUAUUUUGAGUGACUGCAGCUCUUUUUGUACUUUGUCCAUUUGUAAAAUUGUUUUUAAAUGUUUAUACUUGAUUUUCAAACUGCCUUUUUUGUACAUUUAACUUUAUAAUCAAACAGUGCAAGCUUUCCCCAUGGUGUCUUGAAGACCAUAUUGUUAAGUCUGCAAUUGUGUGCUAGCUUUAUGAUAAGAAUCAGCCUAUAUUGAUGGUUACAAAUUAUUGUGUGGGUGUGCAUGUGCUAUCUUUUAUAAAAGAAAAAAUAUAUAAAUAAAUUUGAUAUUUUGUAA